GUAUUCCUGAUGCCCCACUCCCACAACGACCCCGGAUGGCUGAAGACCUACGAGGAGUAUUACUUCCACCAGACGAGCAAGAUCCUGCAGAACAUGAUUGAGAAGCUGCGAGUCCACACCAACAUGACCUUCAUCUGGUCCGAGAUCUCCUUCCUGUCCCUGUGGUAUGAGAGGGCACACCCGAGCCUAAGGCAGCAGAUGAAAGAGCUGGUGCACUCGGGGCGGCUAGAGGUCGCCACAGGAGGCUGGGUCAUGACAGACGAGGCCAACGUGCAUCUCUACGCCAUGUUGGAUCAGCUGAUCGAAGGUCAGCAAUGGUUAUGGAACGUCCUGGGCGUGCAGCCUGUCAGCGGGUGGUCGGUGGACCCCUUCGGGCACGGGGCGGCCGUCCCCUACCUCCUGAAGGAGUCCGGGGUGAAGGCCACGGUGGUGCAGCGGAUCCACUACGCUUGGAAGCAGUGGCUGGCGGAGCAGCAGCUGGGGGACUUCCAGUGGCGUCAGGUGUGGGACGUGAGCGGCGAGGCGGACAUCCUGUGCCACAACCGCCCCUACGAUAUCUACUCCAUCAAGCACUCGUGUGGGCCGCACCCGCAGAUCUGCCUGGGAUACGACUUUAGAAAGGUCCCAGGGGAGUACACGGAAUACACCAUAAAGUCGGUGCCCAUAGACGACCACAACGUGAAGCAGAAGGCAGAACUCCUCCUGGAGCAGUACGGGCGCACGGGCUCGCUCUACCCCCACAACGUGGUCCUGGUGCCCAUCGGCGACGACUUCCGCUACGACCACGCGUCCGAGUGGGACCAGCAGUACAGCAGCUACCAGCGCCUGCUGACCUUCAUCAACAACGACCCCAAGUACCACGCCAACAUCCAGUUCGGGACGCUCAGGGACUACUUCAACGAGGUGCAGAACCGCAUGCGCGACUACCCCAGCCUGCAGGGCGACUUCUUCGUGUACAGCGACAUCUUCAGCGAGGGGCGGCCCGCCUACUGGAGCGGCUACUACACCACGCGCCCCUACUGGAAGGUGCUCGACCGCCAGCUGGAGGCGGCCCUGCGCUCCGCCGAGAUCCUGUACACGUGGGCCUACGCCUGGGCCGUGCAGGAGGGCCAGAACAGGGUCGUGCAGCUCCUGGAGAAGGACUACGAGAAGCUGGUGCGCGCGAGGAGGAACCUGGCGCUGUUCCAGCACCACGACGCCAUCACCGGCACCUCCAAGGCCUACGUCAUGCACGACUACGCCAUCAAGCUGCACGAGGGCCUGCACGACACGAUCGCGCUGGCGGGCGAGGCGGCCGAGGUGCUGCUGCUCACGCCCGCCGCCAUGGCGUCGCUCGACAGCCGCGCCGUGCCGCUGCACCACCUGCAGCCGGACUUCGAGCGCCUCACGUACGAGCGGCUGCCGCGCAAGCUGCCCCGCUCCGUGCCGCGCAACCAGCCGCGCCUCAUCGUGCUCUUCAACUCGCUGGCGCAGCGGCGCUUCGAGGUGGUCAAGGUGCUGGUGACGAGCCUGGACGUGCGGGUCACGGACGAGCACGGCCACGAGGUGCCCGUGCAGCUGAACCCCGUGUGGAACGACACGGGCAGCGGCAUGGCCAUCCUGUCGACGCAGUUCGAGCUGCUGUUCGUGGCCGACCUGGCGCCGCUCAGCGUCAUCACCUACUGCAUCCACCGCACGGAGCGCGCCAGCCUGGACGCGCGGGCGGCCGUCUACUCCAACAACUACGCGCCCGCGCCCGACCAGAACUACUCGCCGCCCUUCGAGAGCCACGACGUGCUGCCCGGCGACAUCCAGCUGGAGAGCGACCACCUCAAGCUGCUGUUCGACGGCACGACGGGCAUGCUGCGCUCCAUCACCAACAAGGCGAGCGGCCGCGUCACGCAGACGGCCAUCCGCUACGCCGCCUACCCGUCGGCGCAGUUCAAGUCGGGGGCGUACCUGUUCAAGCCCGACCCCAACGCCCGCGAGCCCGAGGAGGACGUGCUGGCGGGCGCCAAGCCGCGCCUCUUCAUCCACUCGGGCCCGGUGGCGUCCGAGCUCAGCGUCAUGUUCGGCUCCGUGCUCAUGCACACCACGCGCAUCCUGCACGUGGCGCAGCAGCCGCUGGCGUCGGCCGUGCACAUGGAGAACACGUUCAACCUGGGCGGCCGCUACAACAGCACGGAGACGCCGGGCUUCCCGCCGCACUUCCGCGAGACGGAGCUGUUCAUGCGCGUGAUGACGGACAUCGACAACGGCGCCGAGCCCACCUUCUACACGGACCAGAGCGGCCUGCACAUGCAGCGGCGCGCGCGCGUGCAGCGCAUCGGCAUCCAGGGCAACUACUUCCCCAUCACGUCGGCCGCCAUGAUCGAGGACAACGCCCCCGGGCGCCGCCUCACGCUGCUCACGAACCACGCGGCGGGCGCGGCGGCGUGGCAGCAGGGCUGGCUCGAGGUCAUGGUGGAGCGCCGCACCUUCUACGACGACGCCCGCGGCAUGGGCGAGGGCGUGACGGACCAGAAGCGGACCGUGGGGCGCUACUGGCUCCUGGUGGAGGACACGCGCGGCCCCGAGCCCGUGGCGCGCCUCUCGCUGGCCGCGCACCACCUGGCCAACGACCUCAACUACCCGACGUCGCUGCUCGUCCUCGAGGGCCUCAACGUGGACCAGCUGCGGGCGAGCGCGCACCUGCUCAACCAGCCGCUGCCGUGCCCGCUGCACCUGGUCACGCUCCGCACGCUGCCCGACCCGCAGUACCCGAGCCUCCUGCCCUCCAAGAACGCCCUCAUGGUCCUGCAGAACCAGGCGCCCUCCUGCGCCGCCUCCUCCAGCGUCUCCUCCUGCAACGGCCUCGGCGACACGCCGUUCCCGGGCACCGAACUCUCCCUCCAGGUGUCAGGCAUACAACGGACCUCCUUGACAGGCACGAAAGUCCACGGCACUGUCAAGAGCUUGCCAGACGUGACAGUUCCUCACCACAGACUCCGUGCACUCACCCUCACCUUUCCCUCCCCCCCACCACACCCUCCCCCCGCAGAAUAAAGACUUACACAUACCUUUUUUUAGCUUAUCAUUGGCCCGUGAAGAAUGAAUAAUAUUAGGGAGAUUUCCAAUGAAUGAUUUCAAAACCAAAAAAAAAAAAAAAAGAAAGAAAAAAAAGUAUUGAAAAAUGAUAAAAAAAAGAAAAAAUAAAUGUGUAUAUUCUAGAAUCUAGAUACGUUUUUUUUCCUCUUCUGUGGAUAUAUUUUUUUCUGAUUAAAAAAUGAUUUAUUUAAAUAAUAACGUUGUUAUUGUUGUUUUCACUUGCUAUUCCUAUUAGUAUUAAAACCAAUUAUUUUUUAUCAUUAUUAUUAUUAGAUUACUAUCAAUUAGUAUUAAUCGUGAGUUAUUUUUAUUAUUACCUCCAUUGUUAUUGAUCCACCUAAGUGCAAUUAUUAAAAAAUAAAGUGUUAGCGACAGUGGCAUCGGACACCAAAUAGAGAGAUUUUUGAAGAGCAUUGAAACACCUUUAAGGAGCUUGUGGAAAGAACUACUCAUAAUUUCACCUUUUUUAAGUGUGAUUCAUUGAAUAUAUAUAUAUUAAAAAGUGAAAAAAGACAAACAAACUGAAAAGAGUUAGUUAGAUAUAUGAAUUAAUACCCCCUUUGCAAAAUCCCCCCUACCCUCCCUCUUUUUUUUUUGGAAAAUCCUGAGGGGUUUUCUCACCAAGCAAUAUAUUAAGAAAAACCGAAAAAAAUGGAGGCGAAGCGUUCUCCACGUGUGUGUAUGUGUAUAUAUAUAAAUAUAGAUUAUAUAUAUGAAUAUCAAUAUGACUAUUAAAAGAAGAAAGCCCAAGUGGACCUACGCUAUGCAUGCCUUGUCUCUGAAGAAUGCUGUGUACCAUAUUAAUCUUUAACCAUCUUUGUCAAGGUGACUGUAACAAAUUAAAGUGAAAAAAAUUGUC